CAGCUCCGGUUUUUGGGAUAGGGAGCGAGAGGCCGGCGCCCGCGCCACCCAAAACUAUCUAAACAUACUAUCUCCGCCGCGCCUCCCUUUCCAUGGUAUACCAUGCUGCCGGCGGCUGCCACCGCUGCAGCGCCGGACCCCUCGUGCUCCCCCUUCCCCUCCGCCCGCCGCGCUCCUAGCCUCGCCCUCGCGAGGAGGCGAGCCACCGCCAGCCCGGGUCCCUCGCUCCGGUGCCAGAGCCUCCCCUCCCGCUGCCGCUGCCACGCCUGGUGGGGCAAUGGGCGCGCGCGCCGGGGCGGCCGCGUCCGCCAUUGCCGGGCCGUCGCGUCGGCGCCGGACCACAUGGACGAGCUGCCGGCGAGGGGCCGGUACCACCCGUUCGAGGACAUUCCCGAGGCGGCGAAGCUGGACGACGGGGAGCCGGCCCACCUGACCGACGCCGAGUCUGCCCGCACAAUCGUCGAGGUGAACAACAAGGCGACGGUGAUGAUCUCCACGCUCGUCGGCGACGGCGUCCACGAGCGGAUCAUCCUGCCGGAGUUCCCCUACCUCACCGACGAGAACGGAGAUAUCUACUUCGAGGUCGACAACGAGGACGCGCUGCUGGAGAGCAUCAUGGGCGAGGACAAGAUCGCGCAUGUCAUCAUUGGGUUGGAUAACACACAGGUCUUUGCCGACCUGGAUCUUGCAGCGGCCUCCGCCACAGAUUUUGCGCAAGAAGAUGACGAUGACGAUGAGGAUGAUGACGGCUCGGAGGACGAUGAGGAAAGUGAUUUUGACGAUGACUUCAACGACGUGGAGGGUGUGUUUGCUGUUGAUGAUGAAGACGAUGAUGAUGGUGAGGACGAUGAAGAUGACGAUCUACCAAGCUGGUCCAACCUCGAGACCGUGAAUUCGUGCCAUCCAUUGUACUUUGCAAGGAUGAUUGUAGAGACUGCAACCAAGUCUAAUAUAGACUGGCUGGACCGGCCACCUGCAAGCCUUGUUGUUGAGGGUCAGCUGAGGCCUGCCUUUGCUGAAGAGAGCACCAUGGUUGCCAAGCAUUUAUCAAGUGAUGAGGCACAGAAAGAUAAAAAGGAGAGCGGUGCCACCUUCUUCAAGGUUGAGGUCCUCAGCAUUGAGUUGAUCACGGCAUAUGGAACCGAGCCAAAGGUAAAGAUCGAAGAAUACCGCAAAGCUAGGCCAGACAUCAUUGCGCAUUCCGCACCGAACAUAAUAUCGCGCCUGAGAGCUGGUGGAGACAAGAUCGCACAGGCUCUGAAAUCGCUAUGCUGGAGGUGCAAGGCCAUUCAAGUAGAGGAAGCAGCGGUGAUUGGAGUGGACUGCCUUGGAUUUGACUUGAGAGUGUGUUCAGGAACUCAAGUUCAGACAUUGAGAUUUGCUUUCCCAACAAAGGCCACUUCAGAAUUCAGCGCAGAGAAACAAAUACAUGAGCUUCUGUUUCCUAGGAAUACACAUCAAGAAGGGCAAUCGCCACAGGCUCGACAUAAAUCUUGAUGUAAUUCCAUGUGAUAAUUCAUUUGGUAGGAAAUCAAUUUAGUGAAAUAAAUUGUUAGCCGUGUUAAUGAAGGUUAUGGUAUAGCUUUCAAGCUUGGCA